ACAUCCAGAAACACAACCACUUGUUCUCCCAGAUAAAUUUCUUCACAUGGCACUUUGAGAUAGGAGAUUUGCCUCUUCUGGCAGAUAAUCUGUAUUAGUUUCCACCCUUCUCAGUUCUGGUUUCUCAUACUUAGACCCCACAAUGUUGCUUCACUCCUCUUCCACGCACACACGAAAGAUUCAGGAUCAGCUCCGCCUAGCCCAGGGAUCGGUUUCGUCCGUCAGGGAUACCAGCCUCCUCCCUUCUCAAGACCGGCACCUACCACAGCCAACCCCUCCUGCUAGUCAUAGGUAGACCCAACGCAAACAGCCUCCCACAGAGCGUUACAAACUCACUGCCCGCACGGUCGCGCCACCCACAAGCAUGCGUAAUCAAUCACAAGUCUCAAAUGCCCCUCGCGCCUAAGCCACGUUAUAAUACACCACUUCACAAUCACUGCGCGCGCCCCCAUGCGGGUAUACAGCACGACCACUAUUUCAAACGGUCUCAAAAACGUUCACAAACUAAUUUCCUCACUCAGGACACAGUCGGUGUAACACACACAUCCUCUCCCUGCCUAUCAAAGACGUCUUCGGCCACUCGCAUCUUCGGACUCAGAAAACAACCGCAUUGCCACCUUACAGACGAAGGCUGGAUCCUUCCGCAUCGGAUAACAAUUCUCAAACUACAGCACGUGCGCGUCCACCUUGAGGGGGUAGGGACAGCUACGGUGCCAGGCUUGAAAUCCGCCCUCAGAGAAAUCCGAGGUCCCAAAAUCAGACCCAAAUUUCGGGUCUGAGCCUUGGAAGGGGAGAGGUUGUAGAAUCACUCCAGGCUCGGAGUGAAACUGCGCAGGUGCAUCCCGAAAUGCGGCGGAAAAUUUACCUCUUUCAGCUCCCGGGUGCUUUCCUUUCGGACUACGUUUCCCAGAGGACACAGCGGUUCAAAGCUGCUUCCGGUAGAAACGUUGGCAGAGUGGUCGGCUGCUGAGGCAGGUGAGAGCUUUUUACCCAACCAGCAGAGCGUGCAAGACUAGGCGUGCGGUCUCCGGUGGAAUGCGAAUCAGAAUUUGGACCAGAGCCCUUCCUGAGGAUGAUGAAGCAAUAUUUUUCUUUGCGCUGAGAGUUUCUUCUAAAGUGGAACUAAGAAGAGGACUAAUACAUUGAAUUCUUAAAAACAUGGCCCAUGGGUUGGUGAUGUUCAAAGAUGUAGCUGUAGAUGUCUCUCAGGAGGAAUGGGAAUGCCUGAACCCCACGCAGAGGAAUUUGUAUAAAGAUGUGAUGUUGGAGAACUAUAGCAACUUGGUUUCACUGGGACUUUCUAUAUCUAAGCCAGCUGUGAUCUCUUCAUUAGAGCAAGGGAAGGAACCCUGGAUGGUUGUGAGGGAAGUGACAGGAAGAUGGUGCCCAGAGUUGGUGUCCAGGUGUGAGACCAAGAAGUUAUCUCCAAAAAGAGACAUUUAUGAGACAGAACCAUCCCGAUGGGCUAUCAUGGAACAAUUUAAAAGUCAUAACCCUGAGAAGUCCAUUUUCAGAGAUAUUUGGGAAUGCAGUAGUCACUUUGAGACACAACAGGAACAGGAGGGCUAUUUCAGGCAAUUUGUUAUCAACCAUGAACACAUGCCUAUAUUUAACAGACAUACUUUAUUCACUCAGGAAUUUUAUAAUAGAGAGAAAAUUUUUGAAUGUAAAGAAUGUAGAAAAAACUUCAGUUACCAUUUAUUUUUUAGUCAUCACAAAAGAACUUAUUCUGAAGAAAAACUUUCUGAAUGUAAGGAAUGUGCAGAAACUAUUAAUACGUCGUAUCUUACUAAACAGAGAAUUCAAAAUAGUAGCAAGUGCAAUGAAUGUAAGGAAUGUUGGAGGGCUUUUCUUCAUUGUUCACAACUUAAACAACACCUGAGAAUCCAUAAUGGUGAAAAACACUAUGAAUGUAAAGAAUGUGGAAAGGCCUUUAAUUAUGGCUCAGAACUUAUUCUGCAUCAGAGAAUUCACACUGGUGAAAAACCCUAUGAAUGUAAGGAAUGUGGGAAGGCCUUUAGGCAGCGAUCACAGCUUACUCAACAUCAGAGGCUUCAUACUGGUGAAAAACCUUAUGAAUGUAAACAAUGUGGAAAGGCUUUUAUUCGUGGCUUUCAACUUACUGAACAUCUUCGACUCCAUACUGGUGAGAAACCCUAUGAAUGUAAAGAAUGUGGAAAGACUUUUAGGCAUCGCUCACACCUUACCAUACAUCAGAGAAUUCAUACUGGUGAGAAACCCUACGAAUGUAGAGAAUGUGGAAAGGCCUUUAGCUAUCACUCAAGCUUCUCUCACCAUCAGAAAAUUCAUUCUGGCAAAAAACCUUAUGAAUGUAGUGAAUGUGGGAAGGCCUUUUGUGAUGGCUUACAACUUAGUCUACAUCAGAGGAUUCAUACUGGUGAGAAACCCUAUGAGUGCAAGGAAUGUGGGAAGACUUUUAGACAGUGCUCACACCUCAAAAGACAUCAGAGAAUUCAUACUGGUGAGAAACCUCAUGAAUGUAUGAUAUGUGGUAAGGCCUUUAGACUUCAUUCACACCUUAUUCAACAUCAGAGAAUACAUACUGGUGAGAAGCCCUAUGAAUGUAAGGAAUGUGGGAAGGCCUUUAGCUAUCAUUCAAGCUUCUCACACCAUCAGAGAAUUCAUUCUGGGAAGAAACCUUAUGAGUGUGGAAAGGCCUUUAAUCAUGGCUUGCAAUUUAAUCUACAUCAGGGACUUCAUACUAUUGAGAUGCCAAAACCCUAUGAAUGCACUUUCUGUGGUAAAUCCUUUAGGGUGCAUACGCAACUUACUCGACACCAGAAAAUCCAUACUGAUGAGAAACCUUACAAAUGUAUGGAAUGUGGCAAGGACUUUAGGUUCCAUUCACAGCUCACUGAACAUCAGAGAAUUCAUACUGGUGAGAAACCAUACAAAUGUAUACAAUGUGAGAAAGUCUUUAGAAUUAGUUCACAGCUUAUUGAACAUCAGAGAAUUCAUACAGGUGAGAAGCCUUAUGCAUGUAAAGAAUGUGGGAAGACCUUUGGAGUCUGUAGAGAACUUGCUCGACAUCAGAGAAUUCAUACCGGAAAGAAGCCCUAUGAAUGCAAGGCAUGUGGAAAGGUCUUUAGAAACAGUUCAUCGCUGACUAGACAUCAGAGAAUUCAUACUGGUGAGAAACCCUAUAAAUGCAAGGAAUGUGGGAAAGCUUUUGGAGUAGGCAGUGAACUUACUCGACAUCAGAGAAUUCACAGUGGUCAGAAACCUUAUGAAUGUAAAGAGUGUGGAAAGUUCUUUAGACUUACUUCAGCACUUAUUCAACAUCAGAGGAUUCACAGUGGUGAAAAACCUUACGAAUGUAAGGUGUGUGGGAAGGCUUUCAGACAUAGUUCAGCCCUUACUGAGCAUCAGAGAAUUCAUACUGGAGAGAAACCUUAUGAAUGCAAGGCCUGUGGGAAGGCCUUUAGACACAGUUCCUCCUUUACAAAACAUCAAAGAAUUCAUACUGUUAAGAAACCAUAUGAAUGUAAGGAAUGCGGGAGUGCCUUUAGUCCUGAAGCAGAUCUCCUUCAGCAUGAUCAGAUUCAUAGUAGAGAGAAACCUCAUGAAUGCAAUGAAUGUGGAAAAACCUUUAGCCUGAAGCAAAACCUCAUAGAGCAUAAGAAAAUGCAUACUGGAGAAAAAUCACAUGAAUGUACUGAAUGUGGUAAAGUAUUCUCUCGAGUCUCAUCCCUUACUCUACAUUUGAGAAGUCAUACAGGAAAGAAACCAUAUAAAUGUAAUAAAUGUGGAAAAGCCUUCAGCCGGAAAAGAAACUUCCUUUCUCACCAGAAACAUCAUACCGGAGAGAAACUUUAUGAAUGUGGGAAAGCUUCUAUUCAGAUGCCAGGUCUCAUUAAACAUCAGAGAAAUAAUACUGGAAACAAACCCUAUGCAUGUAAGGAAUGUGGAAAAGCCUUCAGUGGCAAAUCAUAUCUCACUGAGCAUGAGAAAAUUCAUACGGGAGAGAAACCAUUUGAAUGUAAUCAAUGUGGAAGAGCCUUCAGCCAGAAGCAAUACCUCAUUAAACAUCAGAAUAUCCACAGUGGAAAGAAACCCUUUAAAUGUAACGAAUGUGGAAAAGCCUUUAGCCAGAAGGAAAACCUCAUCAUCCAUCAAAGAAUACAUACUGGAGAGAAACCAUAUGAAUGCAAAGGGUGUGGGAAAGCUUUCAUUCAAAAGUCUAGCCUCAUUAGACACCAGAGAAGUCAUACAGGAGAGAAACCCUAUAUAUGUAAAGAAUGUGGGAAAGCCUUUAGUGGCAAAUCAAAUCUCACUGAGCAUGAGAAAAUUCAUAUUGGAGAGAAACCCUAUAAAUGUAAUGAAUGUGGAACAAUCUUUAGGCAGAAGCAAUACCUCAUUAAACAUCACAAUAUUCAUACAGGAGAGAAACCUUAUGAAUGUAAUAAAUGUGGAAAAGCCUUCUCUCGAAUCACAUCACUCAUUGUACAUGUGAGAAUUCAUACGGGUGAUAAACCUUAUGAAUGUAAAAUAUGUGGGAAAGCCUUCUGUCAAAGCUCAUCUCUUACUGUUCAUAUGAGAAGCCAUACAGGUGAGAAGCCCUAUGGUUGCAAUGAAUGUGGGAAAGCCUUCUCUCAGUUCUCAACUCUUGCUCUGCAUAUGAGAAUCCAUACUGGAGAAAAACCUUAUCAGUGUAGUGAAUGUGGGAAAGCUUUUAGCCAGAAGUCACAUCAUAUUAGACACCAGAGAAUUCAUACUCACUAAAAGCUCUAUGAAUGUAAGGAAUAUAGGAAAACCUUUAGACAUGACUCACAACUUAGUACACAUCAGAUCAUUCAUACCAUUGAGAAACCCUAUGAAUGUAAGGAAUGUGGAAAGGCCUUUAGACAUCCCUCAAGACUCAGUCAUCAUCAGAAAAUUCAUACUGGCAAGAAACCCUUUGAAUGUAAGGAAUGUGGGAAAACAUUUAUUUGUGGUUCAGACCUUACUCGACAUCACAGAAUUCACACUGGUGAGAAACCGUAUGAAUGCAAGGAAUGUGGAAAGGCCUUUAGUAGUGGCUCAAACUUCACUCGACAUCAGAGAAUUCACACUGGUGAAAAGCCCUAUGAAUGUAAAGAAUGUGGGAAGGCUUUUAGUAGUGGCUCAAACUUUACUCAACAUCAGAGAAUUCAUACAGGGGAGAAACCCUAUGAAUGUAAGGAAUGUGGCAAUGCCUUUAGUCAGAGCUCACAACUUAUUAAACAUCAGAGAAUUCAUACAGGUGAGAAACCCUAUGAAUGUAAGGAAUGUGAAAAGGCUUUUCGUUCUGGUUCAGACCUUACUCGACAUCAGAGAAUUCAUACUGGUGAGAAGCCCUAUGAAUGUAAGAUAUGUGGGAAAGCCUAUUCUCAGAGUUCACAACUUAUUAGUCAUCAUAGAAUUCAUAGUGGUGAGAAACCAUAUGAAUAUAGGGAAUGUGGAAAGACCUUUAAUUAUGGCUCACAACUUAUUCAACAUCAAAAUUUAAUUCAUUUUGUGGAGAAACCCUAUGAAUGUAAAGAAUGUGGGAAAACCUUUAGAGUACGCCAACAACUUACUUUCCAUCACAGAAUUCAUACUGGUGAAAAACCCUAUGAAUGCAAGGAAUGUGGAAUGACCUUUAGACAAACUGCACAUCUUACUCGACAUCAGAGACUUCAUUCUGGUGAAAAGCUGUAUGAAUGUAAGGAAUGUGGAGAAUCUUUCAUAUGUGGCCCAGACCUCAGAGUACAUCAGAAAAUUCACAUUGGUGAUAAGCCCUAUGAAUGUAAAGAAUGUGGGAAGGCCUUCAGAGUGCGUGGACAACUUACUCUCCAUCAGAGGAUUCAUACUGGUGAGAAACCCUAUGUAUGUACAGAAUGUGGAAAGGCCUUUAGACAGUAUGCACACCUUACUCGACAUCAGAAACUUAAUAUUGCUGACAAACUCUAUGAAUGUAAAGAAUGUGGGAAGGCCUUUUUGUGUGGCUCUGGCCUUAGAGUACAUCACAAGCUUCAUACUGGUGAGAAACCCUAUGAAUGUAAGGAAUGUGGGAAGGCCUUUAGAGUGAGACAACAACUAACACUCCACCAGAGAAUUCAUACUGGUGAGAAACCCUAUGAAUGUAAGGAAUGUGGGAAGACCUUUAGUCGUGGUUAUCAUCUUAUUCUUCAUCACAGAAUUCAUACUGGUGAGAAACCUUAUGAGUGUAAGGAAUGCUGGAAGGCCUUUAGUCGUUACUCACAACUUAUUUCGCACCAAAGUAUCCAUAUUGGUGUUAAACCGUAUGACUGCAAGGAAUGCGGGAAGGCUUUUAGAUUACUCUCACAACUUACACAACAUCAGAGUAUUCAUAUUGGUGAGAAACCCUAUAAGUGUAAGGAAUGUGGGAAGGCCUUUAGAUUACGCCAAAAACUUACUCUACAUCAGAGUAUUCAUACUGGUGAAAAACCUUUUGAAUGUAAGGAAUGUAGGAAGGCUUUUAGACUUAAUUCAUCCCUUAUUCAGCACCUGAGGAUUCAUUCUGGUGAGAAACCCUAUGAAUGUAAGGAAUGCAAGAAGGCCUUUAGACAACAUUCACAUCUUACUCAUCAUCUGAAAAUUCAUAAUAGAGUUCAUAAUGGAGAAAAGUUAUAUGAAUGUAAGGAAUGUAGGAAGACCUUUAUUCGUCGCUCAACACUUAGUCAACACCUGAGAAUUCAUACUGGUGAGAAACCUUAUAAAUGUAAGGAAUGUGGGCAGGCAUUUAGACAGCGAGCACACCUUAUUCGACAUCACAAGCUUCAUACUGGUGAGAAGCCCUAUGAAUGUAAGGAAUGUGGGAAGGCCUUUACAGUGCUCCAAGAACUUACUCAACAUCAGAGACUUCAUACUGGUGAAAAGCCCUAUGAAUGUAAGGAAUGUGGAAAGGCCUUCAGAGUCCAUCAGCAACUUGCUCGACAUCAGAGAAUUCACACUGGUGAGAAACCCUAUGAAUGUAAGGCAUGUGGGAAGACCUUUAGGCAGUGUACACAUCUUACUCGACAUCAGAGACUUCAUACUGCUGAGAAACUCUAUGAAUGUAAGGAAUGUGGGAAGGCCUUUGUAUGUGGUCCCGACCUUAGAGUACAUCAGAAAAUUCAUUUUGGUGAGAAACCUUAUGAAUGUAAGGAAUGUGGAAAGGCUUUUAGAAUAUGCCAACAACUUACGGUCCAUCAGAGUAUUCAUACUGGUGAGAAACCCUAUGAAUGUAAGGAAUGUGGGAAGACUUUUAGACUAAGGCAACAACUUGUUCGCCAUCAGAGAAUCCAUACUCGUGAGAAACCCUAUGAAUGUAUGGAAUGCUGGAAGACCUUUAGUAGUUACUCACAACUUAUUUCACAUCAGAGCAUUCAUAUUGGUGAAAGACCUUAUGAAUGUGAAGAAUGUGGGAAGGCCUUUAGGUUGCUCUCACAACUUACCCAGCAUCAGAGUAUUCAUACUGGUGAGAAACCUUAUAAAUGUAAGGAAUGUAGGAAACCUUUUAGACUGCUCUCACAACUUACUCAGCAUCAGAGUAUUCAUACUGGUGAGAAACCUUAUGAAUGUAAGGAAUGUGGUAAGGCUUUUAGACUUUAUUCAUUCCUUACUCAACACCAGAGAAUUCAUACUGGGGAGAAACCCUACAAAUGUAAAGAAUGUAAGAAGGCCUUUAGACAACAUUCACAUCUUACUCAACAUCAGAAAAUUCAUAAUGGAGAGAAGAGCUAUAAGAAACCCUGUGAAUGUAAGAUAUGUGGAAAGGCCUUUAAUCAGAACUCACAAUUUAUUCAACAUCAGAGAACUCAUUUUGCUGACAAAAGCUAUGAGUGUAAGGAGUGUGGGAAGACCUUUAGCCGUGGCUCACUUGUUACUCGACAUCAGAGGAUUCACACUGGUGAAAAACCCUAUGAAUGUAAGGAAUGUGGCAAGGCUUUUAGUUGUAGUUCAUAUUUUUCUCAGCAUCAGAGGAUUCACACUGGUGAGAAACCCUAUGAAUGUAAGGAAUGUGGAAAAGCCUUUAAUUAUUGGUCAAACCUCAAUGAUCAUCAGAGAAUCCACACUGGUGAGAAACCCUAUGAAUGUAAAGUAUGUGGAAAAGCCUUUACUAAGAGUUCUCAACUUUUUCCACAUCUGAGAAUUCAUACUGGUGAAAAACCUUACGAAUGUAAGGAAUGUGGGAAGGCCUUUACUCAACACUCAAGGCUUAUUCAACAUCAGAGAAUGCAUACUGGUGAGAAACCUUAUGAAUGUAAGGAAUGUGGGAAGGCCUUUAGUAGUGCCUCAACACUUAGUAACCAUCAUAGAAUUCAUGCAGGCAAGAAACUCUACGAAUGUAAGGAAUGUGGAAAGGCCUUUAUUCAGAGCUCAGAACUUAUUCAACAUCAGAGAAUCCAUACAGAUGAAAAACCUUAUGAAUGUAAUGAAUGUGGGAGGGCUUUCAAUAAAGGCUCAAACCUUACUAGACAUCAAAGAAUUCAUACUGGUGAGAAACCCUAUGACUGUAAGGAAUGUGGAAAGGCCUUUGGUAGUCGCUCUGACCUUAUUCGUCAUGAAGGAAUUCAUACUGGAGAGAAACCCUAUGAAUGUGGGGACUGUGGGAAGGCCUUUAGAGUGCGCCAACAACUUACUUUCCAUCAGAGAAUUCACACUGGUGAAAAGCCCUAUGAAUGUAAAGAAUGUGGAAAAGCCUUUAGACAAUGUGCCCACCUCAGUCGACAUCAGAGAAUUCACACUUCUGACAAACUCCUUGAAUGUAAAAAAUGUGGAAAGAUCUUUACAUGUGGUGCAGAUCUUCGAGGACAUCAGAGAACUCAUAUUGGUGAGAAGCCCUAUGAAUGUAAGGAAUGUGGGAAGGCCUUUAGAGUGCGAGGACAACUUAAUCUCCAUCAAAGGAUUCAUACUGGUGAGAAACCCUAUGAAUGUAAGGAAUGUGGGAAGACCUUUAGGCAUACAGGACUUCGAGUACAUCACAAACUUCAUACUGGUGAAAAACCCUAUGAAUGUAAGGAAUGUGGAAAGGCCUUUAGGGUGCGGCAACAACUCACUCUCCAUCAGAGAAUUCACACUGGUGAGAAACCCUAUGAUUGUAAAGAAUGUGGGAAGACCUUUAGUCGUGGCUAUCAUCUGACUCUCCAUCAGAGAAUUCAUACUGGUGAGAAACCUUAUGAAUGUAAAGAAUGUCAGAAGUUCUUUCGGCGUUACUCAGAACUUAUUUCGCAUCAAGGUAUUCAUAUUGGAGAGAAACCCUAUGAUUGUAAGGAAUGUGGGAAGACCUUUAGACUGUUUUCACAACUUACUCAACAUCAGAGUAUUCAUUUUGGUGAGAAACCUUAUAAAUGUAAGGAAUGCGAGAAGACUUUUAGACUGCUGUCACAACUUACUCAGCAUCAGAGUAUUCAUACUGGUGAGAAACCCUAUGACUGUAAGGAGUGUGGAAAGGCCUUUAGACUUCAUUCAUCACUUAUUCAACAUCAGAGAAUUCACUCUGGAGAAAAACCAUACAAAUGUAAGGAAUGUAAAAAGGCAUUUAGACAACAUUCCCAUCUAACUUACCAUCAGAAAAUUCAUACUAAUGAAAAACCUUACCAGUGUAAUGCAUGUGGGAAGGCUUUUAUUCGUGGUUCACAGCUCACUGAACAUCAGAGAGUUCAUACAGGAGAGAAACCAUAUGAAUGUAAGAAAUGUGGGAAAGCCUUUAGUUAUUGUUCACAGUAUACUCUCCAUCAGAGAAUUCAUAGUGGUGAAAAACCCUAUGAAUGUAAGGAAUGUGGGAAGACCUUUAUUCUUGGCUCCCAGCUUACGUACCAUCAGAGAAUUCAUAGUGGUGAGAAACCCUAUGAGUGUAAGGAAUGUGGAAAGGCCUUUAUUCUUGGUUCACACCUUACUUAUCAUCAAAGAGUUCAUACUGGUGAAAAGCCUUACAGAUGUAAAGAAUGUGGGAAGGCCUUUUUAUGUGCCUCUCAACUUAAUGAACAUCAGAGAAUCCAUACUGGUGAGAAACCCUAUGAAUGUAAGGAAUGUGGGAAGGCCUUUUUUCGUGGCUCACAACUAACUUAUCACCUGAGAGUUCAUACAGGUGAGAGACCCUAUAAAUGCAAAGAAUGUGGGAAAGCCUUUAUUUCUAAUUCUAAUCUUACUCAACAUCAGAGAAUUCAUACAGGUGAAAAACCCUACAAAUGUAAAGAAUGUGAGAAGGCCUUUAUUUGUGGCAAACAACUUAGUGAACAUCAGAGAAUUCAUACAGGUGAGAAACCCUUUGAAUGUAAGGAGUGUGGAAAGGCUUUUAUUCGUGGUGCAUAUCUUACUCAACAUGAAAAAAUUCAUGGUGAGAAGCAUUAUGAAUGUAAGGAAUGUGGGAAGACCUUUUUUCGUGCCACACAACUUACAUAUCACCAGAGAAUUCAUACAGGUGAGAAACCCUACAAAUGUAAGGAAUGUGACAAGGCUUUUAUUUAUGGCUCACAACUUAGUGAACACCAGAGAAUUCAUAGAGGUGAAAAACCCUAUGAAUGUAAGCAAUGUGGGAAGGCCUUUAUUCGUGGCUCACAUCUUACUGAACAUCAGCGAAUUCAUACUGGUGAGAAACCUUAUGAAUGUAAAGAAUGUGGCAAGGCCUUUGGUAGUGGUGCAAACCUUGCUUACCAUCAAAGAAUUCAUACUGGUGAGAAACCUUAUGAAUGUAGUGAAUGUGGAAAGGCCUUUGGUAGUGGCUCAAACCUUACUCAUCAUCAGAGAAUUCAUACUGGUGAGAAACCAUAUGAAUGUAAAGAAUGCGGGAAAGCUUUUAGUUUUGGAUCAGGCCUUAUUCGACAUCAGAUAAUUCACAGUGGUGAAAAGCCUUAUGAGUGUAAGGAAUGUGGGAAGUCCUUUAGUUUUGAAUCAGCCCUUACUCGGCAUCACAGAAUUCACACAGGUGAGAAACCUUAUGAAUGUAAGGAUUGUGGGAAGGCCUUUGGCAGUGGUUCAAACCUUACUCAACAUCGAAGGAUUCAUACUGGUGAGAAACCUUAUGAAUGUAAAGCAUGUGGGAUGGCCUUUAGUAGUGGUUCAGCCCUUACUCGGCAUCAGAGAAUUCAUACUGGUGAAAAACCAUAUAUUUGUAAUGAAUGUGGGAAGGCUUUUAGUUUUGGAUCAGCCCUUACUCGACAUCAAAGAAUUCACACUGGUGAGAAACCUUAUGUAUGUAAGGAAUGUGGGAAGGCUUUUAACAGUGGCUCAGAUCUCACUCAACAUCAGAGAAUUCACACUGGUGAGAAACCCUAUGAGUGUAAGGAAUGUGAGAAGGCCUUUAGAAGUGGUUCCAAACUUAUUCAGCAUCAAAGAAUGCACACUGGUGAGAAACCCUAUGAGUGUAAGGAGUGUGGAAAAGCCUUUAGUAGUGGUUCAGACCUUACGCAACAUCAGAGAAUUCAUACUGGUGAGAAACCUUAUGAAUGUAAAGAAUGUGGCAAGGCCUUUGGUAGUGGCUCAAAACUUAUCCAGCACCAGCUAAUUCACACUGGUGAAAAACCGUAUGAAUGUAAACAAUGUGGAAAGUCCUUCAGUAGUGGUUCAGCUCUUAAUCGGCACCAGAGAAUACACACUGAUGAAAAACCCUAUGGAUGUAAGGAAUGUGGGAAGAAUUUUAGUACAGGCUCAACCCUUAUUCGUCAUCAGAGGAUUCAUACUGGUGAAAAACCCUAUGAGUGUAAUGAAUGUGGAAAGGCUUUUAGUACUAGUUCAAUAUUUAGAGUACAUCAGAGGAUUCACACAGGUGAGAAACCCAAUGAAUGUAAAGAAUGUGGAAAAGCCUUUCGUCAUUCUUCAUACCUUACUCAACAUCAAAGAAUUCAUACUGGUGAGAAACCUUAUAAAUGUAAGUGUUGUGUUAGGGCAUUUAGUAAUGUUUCAGCCUUUAUUCGUCAUCAGAGAAUUCAUACUGGUGAGAAACCGUACAAAUGUAAGGAAUGUGGAAGAGCCUUUAGUACUACUGGCUCAAUACUUACAGCACAUCAGAGAAUUCACUCAGGUGAGAAACCCUACUUAUGUAAGGAAUGUGGGAAGGCCUUUCGUCAGUCUUCAGACCUUACUCAACAUCAGAGAAUUCAUACUGGUGAGAAACCCUAUGAGUGUAAGGAAUGUGGAAGGGCCUUUCGUCGUUCAUCAGAACUUUCUCGACACAAAUUCAUACUCAUAAAGCAACAGAAAAUUCACACUGAUGAGAAAGCCUGGGAAUGUAAUGAAUGUGGGAGAGUUUUCACUUGUGCAACAUACCUGACCCGGCAUCAGCAAAUUCAUACUGGUGAUAAACCAUAUACUUGUAACAAAUGUGGGAAAGCCUUUCUUCAUUCUUCAGACCUUAUUCUGCAUCAAAGAAUUCAUACUGGUGAGAAACCCUAUGAGUGUAAGGAAUGUGGGAAGGCUUUUGCAAGAGGCUCAAAUCUUAAUUGCCACCAAAAAAGAAUUCACACUGGUGAGAAACCAUAUAUAUGUAGGGAGUGUAGAAAAACCUUUCAUAGCAGUUCGAUACUUACAGAACAUCAGAGAAUUCACACUGGUGAAAAACCUUAUAUGUGUAAAGACUGUGACAAAGCCUUUCAUUAUUCCUCAGAUCUUCAAAAGCAUCAGAGAAUCCAUACUGGUGAAAAACCCUAUGAAUGUAAGGAAUGUGGCAAGAACUUUAAGAGUGGUCCUGUACUUACAGAACAUCAGAGAAUUCACACUGGUGAGAAACUGUAUGUGUGUAAAGAAUGUGGGAAGAUCUUUUAUCACCCUUCAGGCCUUAGUCAACAGUGGGGAAUUCAUAUGGGUGAGAAACCCUAUGAGUAUAAGGAAUGUGGGAAGGCCUUUAGUAGUAGCUCUGCCAUUAUCUGGCAUCAGAGGAUUACUGGUGAGAAACCCUUUGGAUGUAAGGAGGGUAGAAAGGCAUUUCAUCAACUUUCUCAACAUCAGAGAAUUUAUAAUGGUGAGAAACUUUAUGAAUGCAAAGAAUGUGGGAAGGUUUUUAGGCUAAAAUUUGAUCUUACAGAACAUCAGCAAGAUCAUUCCGAUGAAAAAUUCUAUGAAUGUAAAGAAUGUGGAAAGGCCUUUAUUCAGAGCUCAGAACUUAUUUAUCAUCAGAGAGUUCAUGUUAAGAAACCCUAUGAAUGUAAGGAAUGUGGAAAAACCUUUAUUUGUGCCUCACAGCUUACUUAUCAUCAAAGAGUUCAUACUGGGGAGAAACCUUAUAAAUGUAAAGAGUGUGGGAAGGCCUUUAUUCGUGGGUCUCAUCUUACCCAGCAUCAAAGAAUUCAUACUGGUGAAAGACCCUAUGAAUGUAAUGAAUGUGGGAAGGCCUUUUUUCGUGGCUCUCAACUUACUUACCAUCAGAGAGUUCAUACUGCAGAGAAACCCUAUCAAUGUAAAGAAUGUGGAAAGGCCUUUAUUCGUGGCUCCCAACUUACGGAACAUCAGAGAAUUCAUACAGGUGAGAAACCCUAUGAAUGUAAGAAAUGUGGGAAAGCCUUUAGUUAUGGCUCACAGCUUACUCUACAUCACAGACUUCAUACUGGCGAAAAACCCUAUAAGUGUAAAGAUUGUGAGAUGUCCUUUAUUCGUGGCUCCCAACUUACUGAACAUCAGAGGAUUCAUACAGGUAGGAAACCACAUGAAUGUAAGCAGUGUGGAAAGGCCUUUAACUAUGGCUCACAGCUUAUUCGUCAUCAGAGGAUUCAUACUGGUGAAAAACCCUAUGAAUGUCAAGAAUGUGGGAAAUCAUUUAUUCGUGGCUCACAACUUACCGAACAUCAAAAAAUUCACACUGGUGAAAAACCUUUUGAAUGUAAGGAAUGUGGGAAAGCCUUUAUUCGUGGCUCACAUCUUACUCAGCAUCAGAGGAUUCAUACUGGUGAAAAACCCUAUGAAUGUAAAGAGUGUGGUAAGGCCUUUAUUUAUAGCUCACAAUUGACUCAACAUCAGAGAACUCAUACAGGUGAGAAUCCCUGUGAAUGUAAGCAGUGUGGGAAGAUCUUUAUUUGUGCCUCACAACUUACUCUACAUCAGAUUUCUCACUCUGGUAGGAAACCAUAUGAAUGUAAGGAAUGUGGUAAAGCUUUUAUUCGUGGCUCACAGCUAACUUACCAUCAGAGAGUUCAUACUGGUGAGAAGCCCUAUGAGUGUAAUGAAUGUGGGAAAGCCUUUAUUCGUGGUUCACAUCUUACUCAGCACCAGAGAAUUCAUACUGGUGAGAAACCAUACAAAUGUAAUGAAUGUGGGAAGGCCUUUAAUCGUGGCUCACAACUUACUCAACAUCAGAAAAUUCAUUCUGGUGAAAAGCCUUAUAAAUGUAAUGAAUGUGGUAAGGACUUUAGACGUCACUCACACCUUACCCAACAUCAUAAACUUCAUAAUUGAGAAAAUACAAAUUUAUUAAAUCUUUUGUCUACCCA